AUGACUUAUGCAACUCCAAAGAAGUAUCCUCUAUAUGCGGAAUUUCAUGAAGACUCCGGGCCAGCCAUUCCCUUGGACUGUCCGCGAAUACUGGAAGAAUUGGACGGAGAAGUCUGUUGCGAUGGAACUCUGCAGUACGAAAUAACACGUGCCAUAGCCGAAGCCAAACAGAAUCGUACUAGAGCAACACCUCGGGCAGUCACCUCAGUUGUUUCUGGAAGGGUACAAAAGCGAUUUGGCACAACUUUCGAGACCGUCGUUUCAAAAUCUGACUUCACUUGGCGAACACACCAUUACAAUUUACAUACUUGCAAAAUCGACACUCAAGGCUACCAUGCGCUAGCAUUUGAGACCAGUAAAUCGCAUCGACCCCAAUCUGAACUAAGUACAAGUUAUGUGGAGCCAGAAGGUGGAGGCGGGUCAGAUCUUACAGAAUAUCAUCGUCAACCAUCGUUACGCAAGGGCAAGGGCAGGCCAAAAGCUUUCCAAGCCCCUAUACUUGGUGGAAAUACGAUUGAAAUAGUGCCACAACAAUAUGCACUUGAUAUUGAGGAAAGACAGGUUGAAGUCGUCUAUCCUGUUCUCCAAUACGGUAAGCUUAGUACCGAUUUUGAGGUAGAAAAGAAAUCCUACAAAUCAUCUAGAUUACUGCUUUUCGACGGAUACUUGGGUGACCACACCUGA